GGUGUUUCCGCCUGAUAAAGAGAGAUGCAUGCUGUCUGGUUCAGCGAGGUCCUGCAAAUUGGAGUGCCUCGGCCUCGGCCACUUUCGGUACAAUGCCCCCCCAAACUCACUAACUUCUCAGGAUAACUACAUCCGGCCAGGCCUCCCCAAAUAUAUAUCGCUAGAUCUCACGAUGACCUUUCGAUAUCAAUGUUGACAACAUCUUCCUAGUCGCUAUGGCCUCAUAUAACAACGCACAACUGGCUGAUCAGAUCCCUUUCAGCCGCUACCCGCCAUGGGUAUUAUCCAAGCUACGCCCACAGGCGGUAGAUCUCAUCCAUCGGGUGUACAAAUGGGUCGAGACAGAAUGCAUUCCCGCCGAGCAGAUCAUGAAAGCCCAGGUUGCCCAAAAUCGAUGGAAGACGGCCCCCCUGAUGCACGAACUCCGUAAGAAGGCUAAAUCUCAGGGGCUUUGGAACAUUUUCCUCCCCAACCACUUCAAAGAAUCUCCUGGCCUCACCAACCUCGAGUAUUCAUGCUGCGCCGAAAUCAUGGGACAAACGUACUGGGCUGCGCAAACUAUGAAUUGCCACGCUCCAGAAACCGGUAACAUGGAGCUUCUUGCGAAGUACUGCACCGAUGCACAGAAGGAGAAAUGGCUUCGACCGCUCAUGAACGGCGACUUCUCGUCCGCAUACUCGAUGACCGAACCGGACAAGGCAACUUCAGAUGCAACAAAUGUCUCCUGCCGCAUUACACAAGAUGGUGAUGAGUACGUCAUAAACGGCCGGAAAUUAUACGGCAACGCACUCUGGAACGAGGAAAUGAAACUGUACAUUCUUAUGGGGUGCUCCGAUCCAGGCAACCCAGAUGUUUGGAAGCGACACACGAUGCUUCUCGUGCCCAGUAACUCCAAAGGUCUGACGAUGAGGCGGAAUCUGACAAUCAUGGGCUACGACCAUGCACCGGAAGGCCACGGUGAAUACAUCUACAACAACGUGCGAGUACCCAAGGAGAAUGUGAUCCUAGGGGAGGGCCGAGCCUUCGAGAUCGCACAGGGUAGACUGGGUCCUGGCCGCAUUCACCACUGCAUGAGACUGAUUGGGCAGUGCGAGAGGGCGUACGAAUUGGCACUGCUGCGAUGCAAGGAUCCUCGCAAGAGGCCGCGUGGCAAGUACAUUGGCCAGUUCGACAGCAACAUCGAGCGGCUGGCUACCAUGAGAAUCGAGAUUGACGCACUGAGACUGGUGGUGCUGAAUGCGGCGGAUACGAUGGACGCAAAAGGCAACAAGGCAGGCCGAUAUGUGAUCGCACAGUCGAAGAUCCUCGUGCCAGAAACCGCGGCCAAAAUAGUCGAUACGUGCAUGCAGAUGUACGCCGGCCAGGGGCUGACGCAGCACACUCCGCUGCCAGAGAUAUGGACCUACGCUCGAUUUGUGAGGGUGGCAGAUGGCCCCGACGCCGCACAUAGGCAUCAAGUUGGCCGGGAUCAGCUGAAACUCCAUGAGGAAACGAGGAAAAGGCAUCAAGCAUAUGCUGAGAGAGCGAGGGCAUUGAGAAAGACAUGGGGGAUUGAGAACCCAGAUGCCGAGCUAGACUGGGAAUACGUGCCUCCCACAGCCCCGAAACUAUGAAAAGACAUAUCAGUCGGACUGAACAGGUGUUCCGGCAUAGCGUUGCAUCUCAUUUGGCAAUGACUCAAUAUGGCGCGAGGUUUCUUCAUUGACUACGUUCAACUUUUCAGCUGAGGCUACAAAUCCUCCUCGGUGACGCCGGCAUUUGAUCCAAUUUUAGGAGUUGGCCCUCCGAAGAUCAAGUUAUCAUAACCGACCAUGACAUAGACUGGUAGACCCAUGAAAUGGACAGCGUCAGCUGGUAACAUUAUAAA